GCCUGGCUUGGCUCGGCCUAAAGAAGAGGGAUCUCGGGGUGCGGGGUUUGCCGCCCCUCGCCGGCCUCUGCCCCGGCCCUCCGUCGCGUUGCUCCUCCGCCUUUGGGGGCUCCAGGACGGGGUCCGAGGGGGAAAUGGGACGCUGUCAGAAAGGGCUCCCGCAAUCCCCAGCCAGGAGAUGCUUCGUCCUGCUGUCCGGGCAUGGCGGCCCUAAAGAUGGAUGGUGAUAAUUCUACAACAGAUGCUUCACAGCUGGGAAUUGCUGGAGAUUACAUUGGUGGUAGUCACUAUGUGAUCCAACCUCAAGAUGAUACUGAGGAUAGCAUGAAUGAUCAUGAAGACACAAAUGGUUCCAAAGAGAGUUUUAGGGAACAGGAUAUAUACCUUCCUAUUGCAAAUGUGGCAAGGAUAAUGAAGAAUGCUAUACCUCAGACAGGAAAGAUUGCUAAAGAUGCGAAAGAAUGUGUGCAGGAGUGUGUCAGUGAAUUCAUCAGUUUUAUUACAUCAGAAGCAAGCGAGAGGUGUCAUCAAGAGAAACGGAAGACAAUAAAUGGAGAAGAUAUUCUCUUUGCUAUGUCAACUCUGGGGUUUGAUAGCUAUGUUGAACCUUUGAAAUUGUAUCUGCAGAAGUUUAGAGAGGCAAUGAAGGGAGAAAAAGGCAUUGGUGGAACAGUUACCACAGCAGACGGCCUUAGUGAGGAGCUCACAGAGGAAGCAUUUACUAACCAGUUGCCAGCAGGUUUGAUAACCACAGAUGGCCAACAACAAAAUGUCAUGGUUUAUACAACAUCCUAUCAACAGAUUCCUGGUGUUCAGCAAAUUCAGUUCUCAUGACUUGGAGAAGGCUUUAGAGACGUAGUAAAUAUGAACAAGGAUUGCUAAAGGAAAGAGAACUUGAAUAUGAAUUGGCUAGUGAAGAAAGGUCACUUUGUAUAUUCAAUAGUUGUAAUGUAGCUUCCUGAGGCUUCACUAAUUGAGAUGUGAACUCUGAUUCAAACCUUUUUUCAUGAGUGAUUUUAAAAGAAAUUGGAUUUUAAAGGUAUUAAAAUAUUUUUUUUGUUUUGUACAAGAGUUUGUUGCUCUGUAUAACUCCUAUAUGCAUUGUAUAUUGCAAUUUACUACUGUCAAGAGAUUUGUAGACAGUUUCUUAUUUUCAUAUUGAAUCAUGUUACUUUUGUAAUUCAAGUAAACAGCUGGGUUUAAUUCACGUUUACCCUUUGAAUAAAACAUAAGGGUACAGUUCAUUUUGAAUGCAAGUUGCCUUUAUUAUAAAAAUUGAGAUGACCUUUUGUUUUGUAUCUGUCUUGCAUGAGUUGAAUUAAAUAUUUAUUAAUAUUUAACUUGAAUUUCCUCAAAUGCCCACAGUUCAAAAUAAGUGCUCCCAGUACUUUUAAUAUAAUACUUUAAAUAAUGGGAAUCUAGAAGUAACCAAUCUUUGGAUCCUAGCAUUAUAACCUUGGGUCAUGGUCCCUGGGAACUAUUUUGCACAAGCUGUAAAAGAAUGAAGGUGGGUUUGUCACAAACUGUUGUCUUGUAUGCAGAAUUAGUUCUGUGGAUUGUCUGGUACCCAGUAUCAGUGUUAACUGUAUCUGGUAGUGCAGUCCCUGUUUUGCAACAAUUAGAAGUAUAUGUAGUAAAAGGUUAUUUUUGGUUGAUCUUUGAACUAGGGAUAUUCAUCUUGCUACUUUUGAAAUAAAUUCCUUUUAAUUUAUGAUUUCUCUCCAAAGAAACCAGAUUCUGUUUGAAUGGUAUUUUUAUUGUCAGAUUACCUCUUUAACAUCUUCAUAGUCAUGAUGUGUGGCAACUCCAAUCUUAAAUUACUGUGGAAGUAAAGAGGGACACAUGUAUUUCCAGGGAUGUAAAUGGAAGGUCUGAACAUCGAUUUGGCUGUUUCCUGUUGCUGCAAUAAAUUUUAAGAUACCUUAAAAUAUUGUGAUUUGUAGA